AGAAGACCCUGCCUCCAUUGUACCUGAGGCCUCAUUUAUUUAUUCUUUUAGAUCGUUUGUUGCUCAAAUAAUACUCGUCGACCCUCUUCCGGCCAGAGCUGCACGUGUUUGACCGCACUCGUGACCGAAUGGCCUUCGCUCUGCCGGUGUGGCUCGCGCUGCACGAGGAGCUCCUCGCGCCGGACUCCGCGGACACUUUGGACGACUUUGACGACGACGCCUUGUUCCAGAUGUUCCACCUCACCAGACCGUGCGUCGCCUUCGUCGCGGACGCCGUCCGCAUCCGCAUGAAGAGCGCGGCCUUCGGGAGCCCCGCGGCGGCGGACGCGGCGGUCAUGGUGGCGCUGAACUACUACGCGCACGGGGCGACCUCCGCCGACGUGCUGCAGCGGCUCGGCCCGGCGGGGCUCGCCGACCCCCCGGCCGCCAUAUGCACGGUGUCCGAGGUCAUCGCGGGCAUGGCCGAUCAGUUCAUCUCGUUCCCGCUGCUGCGCGACGCCAAGUUGCACGUCGCCGCCAAGAUCAAGAGGGCGUGCGGGAUCCCCCACGCGCUCGGCGUGUUGGCGCCGGCUCACUUCCGGAUCAGGGCCUCGCCGUACGAGAAGGAGACCUUCAGGUCCUUCGUCAACAGCCUGGGCUACACCACGGUGGUGAGCCAGCUCAUAUGCGACUCCGAGGGCAACGUGCUGAGCGUGGAGAAGUGCUGCGUGGGCGGCACGCGCGAGCAGGAGAUGUGGGAGUCGUCCUUCAAAGGGAGGGAAAUGGAGGAGGAGCUGCACGGGCCCUAUUGGGUUAUUGGAGGAAAGGGCUAUCACUUAAGCAAACAUGUCAUGACCCCAGUGUCCGAACCGGCCAACGACAUGGAGAUCCGCUUCAACGAGGCCCACGCAAAGAUCCACGACGUCAUCCGGACAACGCUGGGCUCCAUGAAGAGGCGUUUCAGGUGUCUGAUGCAGCUCGGUUUUGCACAAGAAUGCUCUCUGGACAAAAAGGCCGACAUCAUCAAGGCGUGCUGCGUCCUGCACAACAUCGCCAAAAAGUUCUCGGUCCCCGCACCGCCGGCAGCCGGGAAGAUCGAGCCCCUGCAUCCGGGAAACCAGAACUCCGUGCCAUUCAAUGUCAACCCUGAGGCCCUGCAGGCCAGGCAGGAACUCAUCCAGCGCUACUUCUCCAACAGCAAAGACCCACCAAGUAAAGCCAACAUGGGGGAGAAUCCGUGACGUGUGUGUGUAUGUGUGUGCGUGCGUCGUGUCUGCUAAGUACGAACAUUGGAAUCCAAGGAACUGCUCAGAGCGCAAGAUCUACACCCGAUGUGAAGCUUCUCAGUGUCGACAACAAUGAUAUGAAAGUGUUUCCUGUUUUCAUGUAGUUUAUUUCUUGUACAAAGAGAAAAUCAGUAUUUUCUACCCACAU